CAGAUCAUUUAUUCGAAGGGAGGCGAGUCGCUGGUGGCGCGUGCGGGCACUCUCGGCGAGUCAUGCGGCGAGGGUGGGGGUCCCUUUCCCUCGGCGGCUGGAGUAGCGGGGAAGGGGCCCUUCUCAACGAACUUUUCGCCGAAGCCGAGCCGCCGGAGGCGCGCGCGGGCUCCUCAGGACUGAUUUUUGGCGAGGCUGAACCGCCGGAGGCAAGCCCGCGCUCUCUCGGUGAGGGAUGCGUCGAAAGAGGGGCCUUCCCUCUUGUCGAAAAGGGGCGAUAUCGGCGAGCUUUGUGGCGAGGGAGGGGUCCCUCCCUCCUCCUUUCUCUCAAGGAGUCGAGUGUAGGUUCGGGAAAGGGUUUAGCAGAGAGGGGGGCGCUUCGUAGCCUGGUAGUGGGUCGAUAGGACUCGCGAGUCCUUUUCUCCCUUUCUGACUUGACGAGCCGUCGC